CUGGAUUUGUGCCCAGGCCAGGCCGGGCCGCAGCUGCGUGUUGCCAUGGUAACGUGGCCCGGGUUUCUAAGCAGGGAGGGACCUGGAAGAGCAGAAGGAGGAGAGGAAGAAGAGGAGGAGGAGGAAGAGGAGGCCGCAGCCUUAGCACUGCAGGGGAGCUCUGAUGACUAGUGCCUACGCUCCCCCUUAAUGGUACUCAUUUGGAGUAGGAAAAGCCGCACGUACCCACCAGGCUCCAUCUGCAGAGUCAAAGGACCUCCCUUACCCAGCUCUCCUCUCCUGGGCAGCAGACGCGUCGGCCGUGAGAUGAGCACGGGGCUACGGAGCUAAGCGAGUGCAGCAGGCCUCUUCAGGGAGGGGCCGGCCUUCUCAGCGGCGCAGGUUGCCUGGCCCAGGAUGGAAUCGCGGACAGAGAAGGGGGAUGAGGCUGAGAAUGUGAAGAUCACAGCCCAGCUGCUGAAAGCCAAGACGGGCGAGUUUGACCUGGAGUCCAUCUUGCUGCUGAAGCUCAGAGGCCUGGGUAUCGCGGACCUCGGCUGCCUCGGGGAGUGCGCCAGCCUGGAGUGGCUGGACCUGUCCGGGAACGCCAUCACCCACCUGGGCCCCCUGUCCUCACUCAAGGCUUUGGCCGUCCUCAACAUCUCCUCCAACCGUAUCGCCAACCUGGAGCCUCUCGGGGGCUGCGAAAACCUGCAGAGCCUCAACGCGGCCGGCAACCUGGUGAGCAGCCUCCAGCAGCUGCAGGGCCUGACGGGGCUGCAGCACUUGGAGAGCCUGCGCCUCAGCAACCCCAUGGGGCGCCUCAACAACCCCAUCUGUGCCUCCGUGGGCUACCGCGUGGCCAUGGCGGAGAUGUUCCCCGGGGUCAAAGUGAUCGACGGAGAGAGGGUCUCUGGGCGUGGCAGCGAGCUCUAUCAGCUGUGCAAGGACCUCGACAGCUCCCUCAAACGCUGCCCCGGUGCCAACGGGGCAGGCAUGGCCGAGCUGGUGGGAUUCACCAAACCCUGGGUGGAGGAGGGGUACUGGGAUGUCCGGCCGGCCAGGAGGAGCUCCAUCAUGGAAGAAGCCUACAAGCAGUUCAACGAGGUCCUCCAGGAAUGCCGAGAACUGAGCAAGCGAGCGGAUGACACGAUCUCCCAGGCGGAGCGGGCCCUGAACAUCCGCCCCGACUCAAGCUCCUACCUGUUUUGAGCAGCCUGGGGCAUCACUGUCCUUCCUUUGGUGUUGGCUAAUCACUUCCUCUCCUUGAUAUCAUUGUUGAUCUCAUGGGCCCCCCUGGUGCCUCUGUUUCAUCCCAGCCCCGGCCCCAAACUAAGUGAGUUGUUAGCAUGAGGCAGACCCAAGCCCUUUGCUGAACCCCUCGCCCCUUUCCCCACACAACACCAGGCUACCUGGUCCUACUUCUCCACCUCCUGUGAGGAGCGUCCAUUCAAAGGGAAUCAGGAUCAGGCUUUAGAGCGAUGGGGCUGCAAGGCAGGAUAAUCAGCUCUGGAUCACCAGUGGCAGCUCAGCUCCCGUUGGAGCUUUCAGGCUUCAUCUGGGCGACAUUUAAACUCCUUCUAAAAAGGGCUUUAACGGUCACGGUGCUCUCGUUCUCCCACCAGUUUAGGUCUGAGAACUGUAGCUGGAGGCCAGGAGCUCUUCAACGUAAUUCUUGCCCCCUACGUCCUGCCUCUACGUCACUUUGCCACCCAAGGGUGGUAAUGGCCACCUGGUUCUGUGGGUUAUGGGCUCGUGACCGGGUCAGAGGGACUUAAAGAGCGGGGUUGAUUUGGCAGCCUCUGAUUGCACGUCUGCGCAUGUGUGGGGCACCAGGCAAGAUCAACGACGAUGGGCUGAAAGUGCUCUCGGAGAGAAAAAGGGGACCCCCGAACACAGGCAAUCCAAGGGGGAGGUGAUUGCACCGCAAGCUUUUGAAGAGGGGGGUGUCAAGAGGCUGGGGGCGCCUCAAGUAGGAGGUGAGCCAGGGCUUGGGAUCUGGGGCUCGGUAGGUGCCUUCCCAGGGUUGCAUGCUGUGUUGAAGCGACAUGGGAAUGUUGUGCAAGUCUUGCCUAUGGAAUAAACCUGAUGCGCCUCUG